UAUAAAGAUUCAACUGUACGAUACCUAACCAUCUGUGGACGCAAUUGAUGAGGAACCUAUCCCUGCCAUUCCUACAUGACUGGAAACAGGUGGUUAGUCUUGAAACCAAGUAGGACGAGAGUAUCAUGACCCCUCUAAAUACGCCCCAGGGUGAGCCAUAGCUCGACUCCAGUCCCACCUAUGGGUAAUUGGAAGUUGGUCGAGGGUGCGAGAUACCAGCCCGCAACUGAGGAGAAUACCCAAACGUGCUAAUCAAAGCCUGAUUUUAGUCUGGUGAUUGGCGGUAUCAUUUCAUCCAAUACGAAAUUCCACCGAGUGGUUGGGCCUAGAAUAUAGCUGGAUUGUGUGAGGCAAAGAGAGGCAGGGGGAAAUCUUGUGAAGAAGCCUUUUCGUUCCUUCAUGUGAGUGUUGUUAAGGCCAUUCAACAAACAAAAUUUCACACCGCUCCCCAUUUACUCGGCUCAAGUUUCAUAAAUUCUCCAACACCCCUCUUCUACCAUUUAACUCUCAAUUCUCCCUCUUCAAGACUUCAAACCCCACCUCUUCUUCUUCUUCUUCCGUUAUGUUCUUCUGUGUGUGCUAACACAAUGAAGGACUUUUCCUUCUUUCUCCUCAAAAACUCUCUUGGAGCCAAGAUGAGGAAAGGCUUUAGAAGCUCUUGCAACGGCGACGGCUCCACGUCCACUCUCAACCAACGCAAAACUGACGGUGUCGAUUACUCCUGCAUUGCAACCCAAUCUCUUUCUGGUUCUCCUUUCGUUGAUGCGACAUCGGGGCAAGAAACGAGGACAACUUUGGAGGAGAUGAUAUUACAGUUGGAAUUUGAAGAGAAGAUGGCCAGAAAAGCAAAGGCGGAUGAGUACAGUGCUGAAAUGGAGCAGCGUCGGAUGUCGUGCGUGGACAAUGCUGACAUUCUACGAUCGGCGCGGAAUGCGUUGAAUCAGUACCCUAGGUUCUCCCUCGAUGGUAAGGAUGCCAUGUAUCGGUCUUCCUUUCAAAAUCUGGCUCCUAUUAGUACCGCUUGGAGCAGGAAGUCAUUUUGCUGCAACCCUAGGUUAAGAAAGGGCAUAAUGAUCAAAGAGGGUUUAAAUUCUGAACUGAGGAAAACUCCUUGUUUUCCCCCGAUAGUAGGAGGAGAGAGUGUGGUUUGGUGCAAACCAGGGGUGGUGGCCAAAUUGAUGGGGCUUGAGGCCGUUCCAAUUCCGGUGCGAAGCUACACUUGUAAAGAGAAGUGGAGCUCUGCGAUUAAGCAGCAGAAUCUGAGGAAGAGAGCUGAAAGACAUGAAAUGGAGAGAAGAAAACUUGUGAGAGAUAUGAAUGGCGGGAAUGAAAUUAAGGGAAGGAUGAUGAGUUCCUGUUCGAGAACCGGAUACUGUGUUAUGAAACCAAUUGUUGUCGAUCCUUCAAAUGAUGGCUGCACGGGUUGGCCUAUUCGGGGUUUGCGGUAGAAGCAAGGAACUGAUCACGCGGUCAGUCGAGACUCUCUCUCUCUCUCCACAAUAGGAGUAUGAAGUUGGGAUGGAUGAUUCUUGUGGAAAUGUUCAAAGUUGAAGAUAAACAGCGGAUAGUGUUGAUCUCUAUAGAAAAGGCAUUUUAAUGAGGAUUUCAAUUUCAAGAGCCGAGUGUGUGUGUGCUAGAAUUUAAAUAUGGCUAGCAAGACUGAAGCCAUGCUGAGAGUUUAGUUUUCAAUUUAGUGCAACUCUAUCUUUUCUUUCGUAAUUUUUUUUCUGUAUAUGACUAGUAAUAACUAAUAAGUGAUCUUUAAUUGCGUGUAAACGUUGCCCUUAUGAACAGUAAUCAAUUCAUUCCAAGAAG